CCACUGUACAACAAUCUCCCACCGUCUCACACGCUCACACCCUCGGCCGCCGAACCGCCGCCGUGCUGCAAACCAGCAGGAGCGAGAAACUGCAGCACCCAUUGACUUGGGCCUUGCAUCCAGACAUCCAUCAUCACACUCAUUGAUCGACACACCACACACACCCAACCACACAACACACUCUCGCGCCCUUGACAGACCCGGCUGUCCCCUUCAAUUUUCCGCGGACCCCACCACCCUCCCUCUCCCUCCUCUACUUGCUUUGCACAACCUUCGACCAUGGCGCUCUCGCUCGCCUUCAGCGCGCUCGCGGCCGCGGCGGCUACAGGCCUCAUGGGCUUGGGGGCCGGUCCUGGCCUCGUCAGCGCGCAGUCAUCCAUUGCGACAGGCUACAACAUCACCUUCAACUGGACCCUCAACGACAUGGACUCGCAGAUCCAGUUCUUUCCAGACUCGCAGUCUCCGACCCCGCCAAAGGGCUUCCUGUGGAACACGACCUUUGCGCAAUCGCCUUGGUCGACAUACCAACCUGGUCAGACUGGCGUCGGCGACAGCGUGCACGUCGCAACCGUCAACCUCGACUCGUAUGACAAUUCCCCCCUCUCUUUGACACCACGAGUGCAGAUCCAGUUUGUUGGAACUGGCAUUUACAUCAACGGCUGGGUCAACGUUACCAACGAUGACUGGACGGACGCGCCCAUCUCGUUCCAGGUCGACUCGCAGGUGACAGACUAUCACCAGUCGCCGCCCCGCCCCGUGCUCGUCAGCGCGACAAACCUGCCAUGGGGUUACCACAACUGUACAUUGUGGCUCAACCGCGGCACGAUUCACCUCGACAAUAUCACCCUUAUCACUGGCAUGGCCAACACGGCGCCUGACAUUGACUUUGUCGACUGCAACAUUGUCAACGCCGUCGCCAACAAUGGCUCCAUGGCCACCGCAUUCCAGUACACUGGCUCGUGGAACACGUCGACUCAGAUUGGGUACACUCCUGCGGCCAAUGCCACUGCCAACAACAACACGGCGGUCGGCAACGGAACGGCCAAGGCCGUCGUGCAGCAGAGUCCUGCUGCUCAGAACGCGACCAACUCGACAAGCGUGACGAGCAUGGUGUACCCCGAAGUCGUCGGUCUCCCAGGCGCGUCGCUCUUUAUCCCCAUCCCAGCCAACACGAGCUUCUUGGCCAUCAACGGCAGCACUGGACCGAAGCACGGCCAUUUCGUCCUUCAUUGGAACACGCCCCCGCCAAACACGCAGAACGACAUUGCCUUGUCCAUGUGGAGCCCGUGGUCCAACUCGGCCGUGCUGUACCAGGUCCCACUCGACCCCUUGGUGCACUACAACCUGACCAUCUACGUUUCCAACGACACGACCAUCGCCGACGGCGUCAUCAGCAUCAACAGUGUCACGUUUUACCCUUACUUCUCGUCCAACGCCCCCAGUGACUGGGACUACAGCACUGGACCCAACAAGGGUGCGAUUGCCGGCGGCGUGGUCGGCGGUGUUGUCGGCGUUGCCCUCAUCGCCGCCCUGGCAUUCUACUUUGGCCGCCGCCGCCGCAACAGCAGGGAGGCACAGGCACCUAUUGAAUCGGCCAAUGCCGAGAAGCUGGCCAGUGUCGACGGCUCCAGAGUGGACCUCGGGAGCAGCCCUACUUCGUCGCACGGAUCACAGCCACCAUCGCCCGUUGACGGUAGAGGGCCUCCGGUCCUUGUGGCCAACGCGGCGCAGCAUCUCCUCCCGAUUCAUGAGUACGAGCCACCGCUCUCUCCCGUGGGCGGAACGCCGACGAGGACGAGCCCGUGGGCCACACAGCCACCGGGGACAGACACGGUUCCGUACGUCGUCGCCAAGGCCGAGACGCUGGCCUACCUCGAAUCACACAACGGAAACGGCAGCUCUUCUCCUGUGACUCGAACGGCUUCGCCCGCGCUCGCGAGCUUGCCUUCUACCUCGUCCAAGAGCACUCCUCCGAGACCACCUCCUGUUCGCACGCGGCCCGUCGAGCAAGAGCAGGACGCCGGCGCCAUUGACUUGGAGCCCGAGCUCGUCCCGCCAGUCUACAACCCCGAGUGGGCCCAGGCCAGGAGCACGGCGCCGACGCCGAUUACAACGACGCCGUCGUCGGGCCUGCCAGAGGCGGGACCGUCACUUGUGACUGCGACAUCGCCAAUCUCGCCCACAUCACCAGUGGUUGCAUCGCCUGUGUCUCCCACGCACCUGGCUCCGGCGCCUUCCGCGGCUUUGAACGACAACACACACGACACUGAAGAAGCCGCGGCUGGCCCGGGACCUUCCUCCUCCUCCUCCUCAUGAGUUUUGUAUACGUCCUUUUAACCUAAAGGGGGCGGUAGCCUCUUGUUUGUAAAUCUAGACCCCUGCAUGGUUGAUGCAUGACUUGAC